GGGAGAGUUUGGAUACGGAACUGAGGGCCCAGCUCGAAGCGGCGGGGAGCGUACGAGAGUGGUCACUGGAGUCCAUCAACUCCACCACACUUGUGAAUCCGGAUGCGCUACAACGGGAAGGAGCUGUCCUGGCUGGCAAGGCAGCCUCGCGGCUUCCAGCGGGAGGGAAAGCUCUUCGUGGGGAACGUCCCCCCAGGAAGCCUCCUUCACCGACGGCCAGUUCUCUCGGAGCGCUGGGGCCGUCUCAGAGGGAACCUUCUGUUCCUGCUCAAGUCACGUGACAAGGAGUCGGACGCGGAUGAGGUGGUGGUGUUGGAGAGGUGCGUUAUUUGUACGGACAACGAUGGAACGAACUGCGGCCUCACCAUCAGUUUCCCAGGCCCCGGGGUGUCUCUGUACCUGGAGGUCUCCGGCCGCUCGGAGCGCGACGCUUGGAGCCGCGCGCUGGGCCGCGCCGGCGCCGAGGCCCUGGCGGGCCGCGUGGCGGCGCUCCGCGCGGCCAUCUCCGGCCUACGCGGCCUCGACCCUCGGGCUCCCGGCACCCCCAGCACCCCGCACCCCCCCGGCACCACCGGCACCCCGCACCCCCCCGGCACCACCGGCACCCCGCACCCCCCCGGCAUCCCCAGCACCCCGCACCCCCCCGGCCCCCGGGAGGGCGGCAACCCGGCGCUGGAGUUGAGCAUCGCUUGCCGGGGGCUGCCGUGCGGGCCAGGCGACAGCCCCCCGAGCCCGUUUGCCCGCGUCUACGUCUACUCCCGGCGAGCACACAACCCGACGUGGACGCUGCACUCGCACACCGAGACCAUCGAGGCGACGUGUGCGCCCGAGUUCCUGGUGAGCGCCGCGUUCUUCCCCGCUCCGCGCCCGCUGAGGAUCUGCGUCUCGGUGUGCGACUCCCGCGAUCGGAGUGGCCCCGACGGAGUGAAGGUUCUGGGAAAGGUGGAAUGUUCGGUGGAGGAGCUUCUGCGUGGCGGAGGCAAGCUCAGCCUCCCCUUGAAAUCGGACCAGGGAGUGAGUGCUGGUGAGGUGAGGCUGCAAGGCUGGGCGAGCGACAGUGGUGAGGAGACGGUGGCUUCCUCACCACUGCUGGGCCCCCGUGGGAUUCCCGAGUGGCGAGCAAAGCGCUACCACAGCCUCCUCCAUGACGAGUUCCUCAGGACCAUGUUCUGCAACGAGUGCGUGCGCACGUACCGCGUGCCGGGCCACGUGGAGGCGCCGCAGCGGCCGCUGCUCGCGGUGCAGGAGCGCAUGGCCGAGUCGCGUCUCUCCUUCCACGUUCCGCGCCAGCUGCUGCAGAUGAGACUCCGCCAGCUGUCGGCGUGGCUCUCUCUACUGCAAAGUGUGGACCCCCUUCUUCCCGCCCGCGUGGAAGAGCGGCGCCAACGCCUCCUGUCCCUGGGCACAGAACACGUGGAGGCCUACACAGAGGCCCUCACCAGCCUGCACGCUCACCACGGGCCGAACUUCAAGGCGAGCCGUCUGCGGAGGGAGCGAGCGCUCUCCUUCGUGCCCAUUAACCUGCACGUGCAGCGGCUGCGGGUGCAGGACGCACACACGCGGCGCGACUGCACGUACGACGUGGUGACUGUGGGAGCCCCCGCGGCCCACGUCCUCGGAUUCAAGGGCGGGGGGCUGCGGAGUCUGAUGGCACGGGGGGCCCGCCUCGGUGUGCUGGGUGAGCAGGACGAGAUGAGGUCUCUGCUGCAGCGUCUCUGGAAGCUGAAGCUUCGGUUCGACUCGCACCACGCAUCUCUCGCCGCCUCGCCGCUCACCACCGAAGAGCUCUCCGCUCACCUCGCUCACCUGGUUGACGCGACGCAGCAGCUGGUGUCGCUGUGUGAGCGGGAAGCGGUGUGUGAGGCCGUGUUGCGGCUGAUGCGGAGCGAGGGCCAGGAGACGGGACUCGCUGCCACAACCGCCGCCACCGGCUCAUCCACAAGCUCCACGCUGCGGGUGGCGUCACGCCGUGAAUGGAGGCUGUUGCUGAGCAGAGUGGAGGAGGAGCUGGAAUUGCUGUUGCUGAGUUCAGGACCUGAACACGACCUGCUUGCACGCGUGUCGCUGCUGGCGCCCCCGCUGUGGAGCGCCGCGUGCGAUGCGCUCAGGGCCCUGCUGGCGAUCGCCCUGGAGAGCGAAGCCUGCUGGGGCUCGUCGCUGAGCCACCGGCGGGACGUCGUCGAUUCCCACACCCUGUCGGCGCUGGUGGUGGGCUGCGUGCUGCGCCUGCGUGCGGGUCUCGGCGACGCGGCGUUCCUGCAGCAGCUGCAGCACGCGGGCCUCCUCGUGUGCUUCGAGAGCCUCCUGAGCACCUACGGGGAUGAGCAGGCGAUGCUGGAGGACAUGGCAGUGUCCGUGAUGGACCUGUCUCACCGCGUCUCCCUGCGUCUCACCCUGUCGCCUCCCGGCUCCGAGGGGGACAGCCUGCUGCCGUCUCUGACAGAGGACGGGGAGGGCUGCGUGGUGAGCGUCCCUCUGCCCGUGGCGAUGUUCCGCACGCUGCCCGAGCCCCUGAGGGACGGGGCCCUCGUCCCCGUCAGCAGCGCACUCUUCAGCAUCGGCAUCAACGAGCAGCAGACGCUUGUCGAAAGGUUUCACGGGGACACGUCUCUGCAGGAGCAGCUGUGUGUUGAGAGUUGUGAGCGUCUGCGUGCCUACCACAAGCUUGCGUGCGCCUACCUGCCCUCCCGUGAGUACCGCGGGCGACGCUCCCCCCCUGGCUGCUGGCGCCCCCUCCCGGAGCUGCUGGAGGAGCUCGCCAAGUCGGCCGCCUCUCGGCGCAACAAGAACGUCCACGUCCUGCAGGCGGCCGCACAGGUGUGCCAGCGUCUGCGUGGCGUGCGCGUGACGAGCUGCAAGAGCGCCAAGGACCGCACGGCCAUGUCGGUGACACUGGAGCAGUGCGCCCUGCUCAGGGACCGCCACGGCCUCCCGGCCUCCGCCUUCUCUGCGGCCCUCAACUGCAUGCGCAGUGAGGGCUGCCGGCUGGAGAACGCUGCCAAGAACGUGGGCUGUCGACGCUACGCGUUCCACACGCUGCAGCUCGCCACCUUCCCGCGCUUCUACCGGCCACCCGGGGGACCAAUCGUCACAGGGUGUGCCUAA